AUGGAAGCUUGUUACUCUCCACAGUUAUACAAUGUCACCUCCUAUGGGGCCACAACUUUGGCCAUCACCACCCUGGAGGCGUUUGCUGGCAUGUGGAUAAAUGCUUUCAUUGUUUCUGUGCUUUGCAUUGGCUGGAUCAAAAAGAAAACCCUGAACUCAAAUGAGAAGAUCUUGCUGCUGUUGGGACUCUCCAGGUUUUGCUUUUUGUGCUUCUCAUGGAUAUAUGCCUUUCUCUCAGAAAUUUAUCCCUAUUGCCUUCUGGUUCAUCCUAUACUGCAGCUAGUUCAAGGUGCUUAUUCCAUUUUUAAUUGUUCCAACUUGUGGUUUUCAGCCUGUCUUUGUGUUUUUUAUUGCAUAAAAAUUGCCAAUUUCAGGAACAGUUUCUUCAUCUACCUGAAAGUAAAGAUUGAUAGGAUGGUGUCAUGGCUUUUGUUCGGGUCAGUGAUUUUCUCCCUGACUGUUGGAAUUCUUGUCUACAACACUAUUGAUAAAGCUGUCUGUAAAAACCACAAUUUCACCUGCCUUAGAAAAUUUUGGAAAGAAACUAUCCGAACAGAGGAACAUUUUUACCCUAUUUUUUUUCUUACUGGCUUUUUACAUACCACAUCAUUCAUGGUGGUCAUCUUCUCUGCUGUUUUUCUUCUCUUUUCUCUCUGGAGACACAAAUGCAAGAUGCAGACAAACUCCAUGAAGGACCUCAGCACGGAAGCCCACACCAAAGCCAUGAAAUCAAUUCUCUCCUUCUUAGUGAUGUACAGCAUCAACUUUGUAUCUUUGAUCUUGACUCUAGUUUAUUCAACAAAGUACACUAGUCAGGCAAUAUUUACUGUUUACAUAAUUCAGCAUGCUUAUCCUGGUAUCCAUUCACUUAUUCUGAUUUUCAGCAAUCCCAAGCUGGAAAAGGCACUGCUAAAGAUUCUCUCCUGUGUGAAGUGCAAGUUUUUAAUGAAGUAG